AUGGUUUCUUGUUGUUCUUCUUCAGCAGAGAGAAUUGAUGUAUCGAGUUUCGACGAAUUCCAGAUAGCAAAAGCCAUGGCAGAACUUCUGGAGAGCUUGGAAAAUGGCGGAGGUAAACUUAGUGCGACCUCAAGCUGGAGAAGCAGAAGCAGGCUUGAACGGAAACAUCACCCCCAGCCAGGAGUCCCGUGGAAACUGGGUCCAGAAGAAGUGUUGUUUGCAGCGUUGAGUGCAAGAACGGUGGAGCUGGCGAGGCUGAGAGCAGGCCCAGGUGGGGACUACAGAGGAGCUUUAAUGGCGGUGGAGUUGAAGAUUGCGGUUGAGUUGGGGAAGCUUUUGGAGAAGACUUCCGACCCGAUAUUUGAAGGGCUGAGCAAGGUGGCGAUUGAGGAGGCUGGGCUGGUUUGUGGAGUAUGCCAUGAAGAGAUGGAGGUUGGAAGCCAUGGGAGGAUGAUGGAGUGCAAGAACACGUUUCGUCUCCACUGCAUUGUGAAGUGGCUUGAGCGGAAGAUGACUUGUCCUCUCUGCAGAUAUAAUAUGCCCAUCAUCAUUGAUUAA